GUUGAUCUCUGUGUCUGGCUGUAUAAUAUUCAUAGUCAUGGGUAUCUCAGUCCACGAAGAGGCCGAGAAGGCCCCCACACCUCUCAGUCCAGAACAAUUGAUUCAACGAUUUGGCCGGCUGAAUGUCCUGGAUGAUUUGGUUCGCCUGCGAGCAGCAGAUGCUAUCCAAGAACCCAUUCUUGCCUACCCUACCUCUGAAAAUGACCCUGCAUCAUAUGAAUACUUCUCCGGGCUGGACCUGGAUUCUAUGAUUAACCACGCCGCGUACACUUUAAUGGAAUAUGGCUUCAGGCCGCCCCGGGAUGAUGGUGCAGUAGUUGCCCUUUUCACUCAGUCUGAUCUCAACAUGGUCAUCACCUUUUUUGCCCUCAGCAGAUUGGGAUACACGGUCAUGAUGCUCUCUCCCCGUCUCUCUGCAGCCGCGUGCAUCUCUUUGUUGGAUGUUGUCGGCUGUGACACAAUUCUUUAUGGACAAACAUCAAGCAUCCGAAUCACAAUGGGCGAGAUACUGCUUUCGAGACUCGUGGCUUGCCGUCCUAUAAUACAGAGACCAUCUUUCGAUACCGUACAGCAGCCCGCCGCUGCCAGCCUAAACCGAAAUCCAAACACAGAGUCCCUGACCAACAAAACCGCUCUGAUCCUGCAUUCGUCAGGAUCGACCGGAGCCCCUAAGCCUUUGUUCCUAAGCCACAAAGCAUUGAUGACCCAUCCAUUGAGAGGACCUGGCUUGAGUUCAUUCAACUCUCUGCCGUGGUUCCACCUCCACGGUCUUUCGACAGCUUUCCAGGCAAUGUGGAUGAGAAAGACGGCGUUUAUGUGGAACGUCUCAGUUCCAAUCACUGCUGGCACGCUGAUUGCUGCCCUGGAGUCAGCCAGACCAGAGUCUGUUCAUGCUGUAGCCUACACGCUUCAGCUGUUAGUAGAUAGCUCAAGAGGCAUCGACGCACUUAGGCAAGCUAAGGUGGUUACCUUUGGUGGUGCACCUUGUCCUGACGAACUUGGUGAUCGGCUGGUGAGAGAAGGGGUUAGCUUUGGGGGUUCCUUUGGAAUGACCGAAGCUGGCCUGGUGGCUGAGUCAAUCUCGCGCCCGAAAGACGACCCGUACUGGAGCUAUAUGCGGUUUUUCGACAAUAUUCGCCCAUUCAUAUGGAUGAAGCCAAUAGGCGAUUCGCUAUAUGAGUGUGUAUAUCUCUCUGGGCAUCCAGCUCUAACCGCAUCCAACUCAAAUGAGCCACCGGGCUCGUUCCAUUCAAAGGAUGUCUUCACCCCGCACCCAACGAUCCCCGAGCGAUGGAAAUAUGUCACCAGGGUAGACGAUCGAAUUAAUUUGGUCAACGGCGAGAAGGUUUUGCCUCUACCAAUUGAAGGUUCAAUCAAGCAGGACCCUCUUGUUCAAGAAGCUGUCGUCGUUGGAGUAAACAAGGCCGUCCCUGGCCUUCUGCUAUUUCGCGCCGAGGAGGCUAAGAAGCUAUCCGAUACUGAGUAUUUAAACUAUAUCUGGCCAAGCAUUGAGGAUGCGAAUUCUCGCGCAGAACACUUUUCGCAGAUUGCCCGAGAUAUGGUGGUUGUGUUGCCUCAUACGGCUGUCUGUCCACGGACAGACAAGGGAUCCAUGAUUCGUGCCCAAGUGUACCAGAAAUACUCCGAUGUCAUUGACAGCAUUUACAACAAGGGCGAAGAAAGUGGCGACGGGGCCAUGGAACUCGACACUGCUGCAACCCAAGAGCACCUGAUGCGACUUUGCCGGGAGGAACUGGGGGUCUCAAUUUCUGGCCCAACAGCCGAAUUCUUUGCAGAGGGUUUCGACAGCCUAAAGGCUAUUCACAUGCGACGUUUGAUUUUGAGGGAUUUCAGAAUCGAUGACAACAAAUCUGUCAGUCAAAAUAUCGUCUUUGAUGCUGGUAGCGCUUCCCGCCUAGCGGAGUUCAUCCAAGCCCUCCAGAAUGGACAAGGACCAAAAGUCGAAGAUGAAGUAUCCCUGAUGCCUGGCUUGGUUGAGAAAUACUCCAAUUUCCGCCUGCAUAAACCUGUUGCUAAAUCUAAGACGACGAAGAAGAGCGUUAUACUGACCGGAGCAACUGGCUCAAUCGGAGCGCACACCCUGAUCAAACUGUUGAAUGAUCGUACCAUAUCCACCGUGUACUGCCUCACGCGUAGGGCCCAACCAAAAGAGGCUAUCAUGAAAGCGCUAUCACAGAAGAACCUGAGUGUCAUGCCUUUCCGAAGUCGCAAAAUCGUCGCUUUAGCGGGUUCAUUGGACCAGCCUGAUUUUGGUGUUGAUCCAGGCAUGCUGAACGAAAUGCGGCAGUCUGUAUCUCUCAUCAUCCACACUGCAUGGCCUGUCAACUUCAACCUACCCCUUUCCAGUUUCGAACCACACAUCAAAGGAUUAUACAACCUCAUUGAUUUCUCCCUCUCCGUCAAACUCCCUCAGCCUGCAACUGUCAUGUUCUGCUCGUCCAUCUCGACUGCUUUGGGUGCCAAAUCAUCUGAGGUCGCUGAGACCCCCUUGGAAGACUUGGACUGCGCCCUGGACAUGGGCUACGGUCGUUCCAAGCUGAUUGGAGAGCGAAUUGUUAGCAAUGCUCGAAGGUCAGGUGCUAGGACUUUCUCUUUGAGAAUAGGACAGGUUUCAGGGCACUCAAAGAAAGGCUUGUGGAAUGAUUCGGAAGCAAUUCCGUUGAUGAUCAGAUCAGCAUUGACUUUGAAAGCCUUGCCAGAAAUCGACACCACCUGCUCAUGGCUCCCGGUGGACAAACUUGCAAGCAGUAUUCUGGAACUGUCCAAGGCUUGCUCUCACCAAGACCUAGUCGACGGGCGGUCUGCGGGAUAUGUCGACGACUCCAUCUAUAACCUGUGCAACUCGCGAGAAUUCACCUGGUCAGCAAUGCUCAAAACACUCAGGAAGAGUGGAUUUACAUUUACCACCGUCCCAUUUGAAACUUGGCUUCAAAUGCUCCGGGAAAGCGAAGCUCGAGGCGAGGAGCAGGUCAACCCCGCUGUCAAGCUGGCCGACCACUAUGAGGAGAUGUACAGCGAAACUUCCUCGUUAGGAUCGCAAAAACAGAAGAUGAAGAAAUUCACCACCGAGAAGGCUGAACGAGAUAGCACGUCACUGAGGAAUGGUCGGCUGAGAAUCAUCGAAGACGGGAUUCUUGGUCGCUAUGCUCGAGACUGGUUGAAGCGCUGGUAAAACGUAUAAGAUGGCAGGCCUGCCUCUUGACCUUGUAUAUAUUGAUUCGUGCUCAUAGAUUGUAGUAACAUGUAUAUAGCGCCUGUUCUAUACAAAUAUCACCAAUUAGUCUAGAAG